UGUGACCGCUGCUUUAACCCUUGACAUGCUGGAGUGGAGUUGGAGUAGUUGAUUCUUGCAUUAUCGGUUAUGGUUGAUGUAUUUGUUGCAGAGCAGAAUCUUACUUCCAUUAAAGUGAUAGGAGCCAAAUUGGAAUACCAGACCCAAGCUGCAGACACGUGUGUUUUUCCAUUGCUGGAUAACCUCGAGCUGUUAAGCUCAGCGCUGAUGCUCCCGACACGUCUUCUCCAGUCUUGUAGACGUGUCUUCUCCAAUUUAACAUCCAAAUAUUCAGGAUUACCUAACAUGGAGAAGCCUGUGGAGACUUCAAUCAAGGCCAAACUGACUCAGAACUUGGAACCCUGCCACCUAGAGGUGCAUAAUGAGAGCUACAUGCAUGCUGUGCCUCCCGGGUCGGAAACCCACUUUAAAGUGGUGGUGGUAUCUGAUGUGUUCAGUGGAAAGUCUCUCAUUCAGCGCCACAGACUUGUCAAUGAUUUACUGAAAGAGGAAUUGGCCGGACCUGUUCAUGCGUUGUCCAUCCAGGCCAAGACACCUCAACAAUGGGAAGAAAACCCAACAGUUGGUAAAAGCCCCGGCUGUAUGGGGGGUUCAAAACAUGAUCCCCAGAUGGGCAAGAAAAUAAGCUCUCAGGUGUAAGAAGAUCUACCAGACCCCAGCUGUGUACUGCCCCCACCACAAGACUGGUAAACCAUGGAAACGCCUGUGUGUCGCCAAAUAGUAUUAAACUGUACAUAAAGAAAAUUCAGUGUUUCUUGUAGAGAGUUCACAAAAAUGAAUAAAUAAAAAAAAAAAAUGUG